AUGGAUUUUAAACAUCAAAUAGAAAAUUGUAAUCUAAUUGGCAUAGUAAGACCUAAUAAACAGUCUACAUCUUCUAAAAAUCUAAUUACAACAGCAAUAUCUGAACAAACUAGUACGAAGCCGCCACAUCGACCAUUUAAUUCUCGUAUCAUUCAAAACUUUAUUUUGAUAUGGUUACAUUCUGACAUUGAUGAAAUGAAUGACAAUGAGUUUCAUAAUUCAAUUAUUGAACUACAACGAGUUGUUAAUACCAUCAAUACAUUUACUGAUAUUGAUCAAUGUACAGAUUUUAUUACCGAUAUCAAAAAUGAAAAAGUCCUGAUGAUUAUUUCAAAUGAAUUUGAUCAAAAUAUUGUGCCUCUCGUGCAUGAUUUAAUUCAAAUUAAUUCCAUUUAUAUCUUUUGUAAAAAUAAAUUAAAACAGAAACAAUGGACACAACAAUGGCCAAAAGUGAAGGACAUCUUUAUUUCAAUUUCGUCUUUGUGUCAAGCACUUAAACAAGAUGCACAAAAAUGUGAUCAAGAUUCGGUUUCGAUUAGUAUUAUAUCAACACAUAGUAGGAAUUUAAAUGAAAAUUUAGAUCAAUUAAAUCCAACAUUUAUGUAUACACAAAUACUAAAAGAAAUUUUAUUGACAAUUAACUUCGAUGAACAACAUAUUAAAGAUUUUACAACCUACUAUCGUGAAAACUGUGCCGAUAAUGCCAUUCAAUUGAAUAAUAUUAAUGAAUUCGAAAGAAAUUAUGAUAAAUAUUUGCCUAUCUGGUGGUAUACUCAUGAGUGCUGGCUUUACUCGAUGCUAAACCGAGCUUUACGUCUAAUGGAAGUUGAUACUAUCAUAAAAAUGGGUUUCUUUAUUCAUGAUCUUCAUCAUCAACUCGUAAAACUACACUCAAAACAAUCUAGUGAGUACCAUCAAUUGCAACGAUUUACUAUUUUUCGAGGUCAAGGUUUACCUAAGACAGACUUAGACAAAAUGCUGGAAACACAAAAUGGAUUGAUAUCUUUUAAUAAUUUUUUGUCUACAAGCAAAGAACUAAGUAUAGCUCUUAGUUUUGCUAGUAGUUCUCUUGUUAAUCCAACCUCAGUGGGAAUUGUCUUUGUGAUGAUAAUUGAUCCUUCAAUAAAAUCCACUCCUUUUGCUUCUAUCAACGACGUGAGUUACUACAAGACAGAAGAAGAAAUUCUAUUUUCGAUGCAUACCGUUUUUCGCUUUGACAAUAUCAUACCGAUCGAUGGUAACAAUCGUCUAUGGCAGGUAGACUUAAUACAGACCAAUGAUAACGAUUCACAGCUAAAUGAUCUUACUGAACGAAUACGUCAUGAGAUUCAAGGAUCAACUGAAUGGGAUAGAUUGGGUAAAUUACUGAUUAAAAUUGGCCAAUAUGAUAAAGCUAAUGAAUUAUACGAAUUUCUUCUUGAUCAAACAGAUAGUGAUCGUGAGAAAACACAUUUCUAUCAUCAACUUGCAUGGAAUAAGAAAAAUCAAAAAAAAUAUGACGAAGCAAUUACAUUUUAUGAAAAAUCGCUUGAAAUUAAACAAAAAGUUAUGCCUCCAAAUUCUCGUUCGUUUGCUGUUUCCUAUAAUGAAAUUGGUUCAGUAUAUGAAAAAUUGAAUGAAUAUACGAAAGCACUUUUAUAUUAUGAAAAAGGACUUGUAAUUCAACAAGAAAUACUUCCUUCGAAUGAUCCUGGCUUGGCAUCUACAUUCAACAAUAUUGGAUCUGUUUACGAAAAAUUAAAUGAUUAUCCAAAAGCUCUUUUGUUUCAUGAAAAAGCACUUGAAAUUCGACAAAAUAUAGAUCCUUCAAAUAAUCUAACCUUAUCUUUUUCUUAUAAUAACAUCGGUUCUCUGUAUAAAAAGAUGGGCGAAUAUUCAAAAUCACUUUCAUCCCACAAAAAAGCAUUGGAAAUUCAACAAAAAAUACUUCCAUCAUAUCAUCCUGAUUUAGCUCAAACCUACAGUAAUAUCGGUUUCGUUUACAGUGAGAUGUGUCAAUAUUCAAAAGCACGUCAAUAUCAUCAACAAGCUGUUGAUAUUGGAAAUCGGUCAUUACCUAACAAUCAUCGUCGUCUUCAACAAUGGCGAAAGAACCUCGAAUAUGCAAAAAGAAAAAAUUAA